GCACUCAUCAGUCACUUCACCUUUAGCAGUAAGAGCAGAGCUCUCCGUCCAUCCUGCAGCAGGUUGUCUCUCAGUCUGGCGACAGAACACUCGUCUUCCACUUCACCCUCCACAUCUCCACACAGAUUCCACCAUGUUCAACAGCGCCGAGCGGGAAUGUGUGGUGUGCUGCCACCAGUUCUCCCGCAGCAACCGGAUCCCACGAGUCCUCCACUGCCAUCACACCUUCUGCAUCCAGUGUCUGGAGCAAAUGUGCAGGCACGCGAUCACCAUGCAGACCAUCCCCUGCCCUCUGUGCCGCUGGAUCACCUGCACCCCCCCCGACCUGACCCUGUCCGACGCCCUGUACAUCGACACCGAGAUCUGGAGCCAAAUAUCAGAGCACGAGCAGGAGGAGAAUGAGGAUCUACCGGUGGUUUUGCACGACGCAAAACCCCAACUCAAGUCGAAGCUACCUGAUUCGAGGCAUUCCGGAUCUUUGUCUGCGCUCAAAAAGCUGAUCACCUUUUUGAAGGGCUACUGACCCGAGGAGCACCCUCUUCUCUCAUUGUGUUGGACUUGAAGAAGCUGAAGAUGAGCCUCAGGGAGUCUCGCACUCAGUGAACCCAACAGAUACGUCUGUGUGUCUUGUGAGGAGCCGAGACCUGAACUUCACCUGUGAUCAACCUGGAACAAGAAGCACUACUGUGAAUAAGUCGUAAAAAUACUGCUGAAGAGCAAUUUUCAGCAGCCAUUUUUAUUUGUAUGUAUUUGAUCUAAUGUAUAUAUGUAUAUAAUAAUAAUAUUCUGUAAA